AGCUCGCUCACUCAGAGCAGUGCGAGACACAGAGACAGACGCACACGUUCUCUCUCUCUCUCUCUCUGCCCUUCUCUCUCUCUUUCACGCACACACGCAUGCACACACACAUGCGUGCAGACGGCAACUUUCCUCUAUCGGACUGACACAACACACACGCCGGGAUAAGACACACUCCCCUUGCGACAGUGGAGAAGAGGAUAAGGAGUGACAGAUCAGGAAAAAAAAAAAAGAAAUACAGAAAAAAAGAAGAGGUUCCCAGGUGAAGAGGAGGAUCGUGCUGACGUUUCGUUCUGUCCAAGAUGGCCAACCUUGUGACAUCGCUGUGCUGUGUAGUUCUGGCCGCGGUGGUGGUAGCCUAUGCUCAGAGACGCAGUCAGCUUGUUGCGAGGAACCAGUAUGAGCGAAUGGGCAGUGAUGUCACCAUGCAGUGCGGCUCCCUGGACAAUGAUGCAUCGGUGUCAUGGAAGGUGAACGGGACCGAUGUGAAGGCCCAGCAUCGUCUAGAGGGUCCCAGACUGGUGCUGAACGAAGUGGACCUGGGCCACAACGGACUCUACAGCUGCUUCCAGAACCCUCACGGAGAGAGGCGGGACACCAUCUACCUCCACAUCGGCAUUCCCCCUCGGGAUCCCACAGUCACUUGUCGGUCCAACACCUACCCUAAAGGCUUCUACUGCAGCUGGCACCAGCUGCACCCCACCUACAUCCCCACCACCUUUGAAGUGGACGUACAACAUAACCAGCGUUCACUGGAGGUGCAGAAAGAUCCAGACCACAAGAACCGCUGCCGUGUACGUUUUCCUGAGGUCUUCUCCAGCUACCCGUACAAAGUCAACGUGACAGCAGUCAACGCCUUGGGGAAAGCCUCUACCACCAUUUCCUUUGAAGAGUCCAGUAUAGUCAAACCAGACCCGCCGGAGCGAGUGACGGCAACCCCGAUCCGUUUCAACGCCCGGAGGCUGGAGGUGUCCUGGCAGAGCCCCGCCACCUGGCCUGACAUCGACAACUUCCCUCUGAAAUACUUCCUUCGAUACCGGCCACUCAUCCGAGAGCAGUGGCAGCAUGUGGAGCUAUCUGACAGCACCUCCCACACCAUCACCGAUGCCUAUGCUGGGAAGGAAUACAUUAUCCAGGUGGCUGCCAAGGACACAGAGAUUGGAACAUGGAGUGACUGGAGUGUUGCUGUCCAUGCUACACCCUGGAUUGAAGAUCCUCUGCCGAUCACUUCCACAACUGAAGUAGACUUUCCUACCGAGACUAAGACCUCCCCCAUACCAUCCUCCAACGCACCACAAAAGGCUGAACCUCCAGUGGGCAGAGCUGCCAGGCUCCUCACAUUUUUCUCUCCUUUGCUGUUAGGAAUGCUGCUGCUGUUCAUGUGAUGUAAAUGUUGUAUUCUUGAAGGGAGUAGGAGGAAGAAGAAGAGGAGGAGGAGGAGGAUGAUCUUUUUUCUAUUUUGCACAUGUUUCAAGGAUACAGUGCAUUGAUCAUUUCUGUCCAUCACACAGUUACUCACCGAGAUUACUUAGACAUGAAACCAGACGAUGAUAAUGCGAUUCAGCAUUUUUUAAUAAUGGUGACAAAGAAAUUCUUCAGAGGAACUUUUGAAAGCGGCAUCAUCAUCAACAACAGCAGCAACAGGAGCAGCAACAACCACAACAACAGCAGUGAUAUCAGCAUAAACUUCUGUCUUAUAUUUCCCCCUGGUGGCUUCCAUGGGCCACAGCAGACUUUGUUUGGCAGACAACAGAUUGGGAAUCUCCUCUUCAGAGCAAGAAAAGCUUCAAAAUCCUCAUUAUCUUUUUUUUAUUUUAUUUUUUUUUUAUUGAUCGAUAGUCUUCAUUUUCACUUUUUUGAAAUUGCAGCACCGUACAGACAAACACACACAUAUAUAGAGCAUUCGUGUGUGUGUUUGUGUGUAUAGUCCCCGUAGCAGUCCCCAUACAGCUAAAUCAUCAUGCCAAAGACUCAACUUCACCCCCCAACAAAUUGAUUCCCAAACAAUUCACUGAGCUUCCUGAAGCCUGUGUCUGCCUUCGUCGUGGGUUAAAAAGCCCAGAAAGUUAUGUGCGUCUGUGUGCGUGUACACAACACCUGAUUGAUGCCGACUCAAACCGUAUACGAAUGAAACUUGGGACAAGUCUGAGGAACCCCUACAGCUCCUGUCUGGUAACAAAGAAGCCACAAAAAUACUCAAUCAGACUCUGAAUCUGUCAACUCCCAACGACUGAAUCAAAAUGAUGGAGCAAGUGUUUUUUUUCGAUAUGAGGACUAACACUUUGAAGAAUUCAGUAAGGGUAGUCUGGCUUAUUUAGGCAAUUAGCUUUACACUCUGCUUUCAGCGACUGGCAAAGAGGACCUGGAUUGUAAAACAAUAAAUAAAGUGGAUUUGAGACUGAACACUUCUUUGCCCACCCAUUUGUUUUGGUUCAACGAUGACAAAGUUGGUUAUUGAAACAUUGGAACGAGCUAUGUUGGUUUUCCAUUCUGCUCUGUGUUGUAAAUUACAAUUACACAAAACUGUUUGCUUUCCAAAUUCUGACGCCUUUACAAACGUUUUGCAGUUUACACUUCAAUAGCCAAUAUCAUCAGUUAAUAUUAUGUUAUUCAAAGGAAUAUUGAUGUGUUUUGUUGUAUUUUUUCUAUCUUAUGGACAAAAAAAUACAAACACACAUAUAGGAUUUUAGUUUUUUUUCAGACAUUCAUAAUGGCUUAAUUUUCCUUGAUCCUAUUUUGUAAACUAUGAUAUGUAACUUUAACAUUGAACAAAAAGUUUAUUAUUUAAUAAUAAUAAUAAUAAUAAUGUAUGUAGUAGCAGUAGAAUGUUGUAACCUGUACCUGGGGUCUUUUUUAUAGAUGUAUAUACAAUGACAGGUUUCAACCAUUAAAUGUGACCAUUUCACAAUGAAUGAUGACA